UCAAUCAAUCAUCAACAUCAAUUUUUAUUAAUAACAGAAACAAAAUUAACGUUUUCUAAAAUCAAAACUUUUUUUGUUGCUCUCAUUACGUGUAUGAAACUAAUGUUUGAAAAUAAACAAACAACAGAAAAAACCGACUAACAAUCAUAUAUUAUUAACUAAUUAUAAACAUUGUAAAAGUGAUUAAUUAACACAUCACGAACAACCAGAAAAAAAAUGGAAACAACCGAAACAAAGACAAAAAAAUGGCGUGAAUCAGAUGGAACUGAAGUAAUUGAAACAACAACUAUACGUAGAAUUCGUCCAGCAAAUGCAACUAUGAGCACUGGAAGUAGUGGUGGUUCGGGUAAUAGUGGUGGUUUUAGUUCAGGCCUGAAGCAAUUAUUACACAUUCCAUCAUCCAAGAAUAAUACGAAUGAUUCCUCCAAAGACAAUUAUGACCGUAAUCAAUUCGAGAAAGAUUCAUUGAAUCGACAUAAUCAUUAUCGAGCUAAGCAUGGUGUACCUAAUUUGGUAUUAUCUAAACAGCUUUGUCAAUAUGCUCAAGAAUGGGCCAAUCAUCUUGCUAAAAAUAAUUCAAUGCAACAUCGACCGGAUAAGAAAUAUGGAGAAAAUAUCUUCAUGAAAGGCGGUACCAAUGUCACAAUUCAUGGAAAUGAUGCCGUCGAUGCAUGGUAUGAUGAGAUUCAUAAAUAUAAUUUUAAUUCACCGGGUUUCAAAUCGGGUAUCGGACAUUUUACUCAAGUUGUUUGGCGUAAAUCAAAACAAUUGGGCAUUGCAUAUGCUAAACAAGGUUCCUCAAUCUUUGUGGUAGCCAACUAUGAUCCACCCGGUAAUUAUCAAGGAGAAUUCAACGAAAAUGUACCACGACCAAAAUGAAUGAAAAAAAAAAUUGAAAAAGAUAAAUAUGAUAAUGAUAAAAUGCUAUAAUCUUUGAUAUUCGUUGCCUAAAUUACUAAGGCUAUUAGAAAUAAUCAAGAAAAAUACAAAUAAAAAUCAGAAUGAAAAAAAUUUUCAUCCAAUUUGCCAACCGAUUUAAUAGUCAGCCUAUUUGUAAACAAAACAAAACAAAAAUAAAAUGAAAAAAUAUCGUUUA